AUGGCGGAUCGGCGGCGCGCGUGGAACACGGAGGACGACCUGCCCGUGUACCUGGCGCGGCCGGGCAGCGCGGCGCAGACCCCGCGCCAGAAGUACGGCGGCAUGUUCGCCGCGGUGGAGGGUGCCUACGAGAAUAAGACCAUCGACUUCGACGCGUACAGCGUGGGCCGCCGAGGCUCCGCGCGCACACCGCGCAGUGCUGGCCGGCUCGACGCGGUCGGCCUGCCGGGGCCCGGAGGCAGCGAGGACACGGCCAGCGACGUGAGCGAUCCCUCGGGCUCGGCAGUCAGUUCGCCGGGCGAGCGCGACGAGCGACCGCCUGCGCUGCGCAUCCGCUGCCCCGCGCCCCGCGACCUGCCACUCGGCCGGGACAAUGGCCAGAGUGACCGACUCCUCAUCAAGGGUGGACGAAUCAUCAACGAUGACCAGUCCUUCUAUGCCGAUGUCUACCUGGAAGAUGGACUCAUAAAGCAAAUAGGAGAGAACUUAAUUGUUCCCGGUGGAGUGAAGACCAUUGAGGCCAAUGGGCGGAUGGUUAUUCCCGGAGGUAUCGAUGUCAACACGUACCUGCAGAAGCCCUCCCAGGGGAUGACGGCCGCUGAUGACUUCUUCCAAGGGACCAAGGCAGCACUGGCAGGAGGGACCACGAUGAUCAUUGACCAUGUUGUCCCUGAACCUGGGUCUAGCCUGCUGACCUCCUUCGAGAAAUGGCAUGAAGCGGCAGACACUAAAUCCUGCUGUGACUACUCCCUGCACGUGGACAUCACCAGCUGGUACGAUAGUGUUAGGGAAGAGCUCGAGGUGCUGGUGCAGGACAAAGGUGUCAAUUCCUUCCAAGUCUACAUGGCCUAUAAGGAUCUCUACCAAAUGUCCGACAGCCAGCUCUAUGAAGCCUUCACCUUCCUUAAGGGGCUGGGAGCUGUGAUCUUGGUCCACGCAGAAAAUGGAGAUUUGAUAGCUCAGGAACAAAAGCGGAUCUUAGAGAUGGGCAUCACGGGUCCUGAGGGCCAUGCUCUGAGCAGACCUGAAGAGCUGGAGGCCGAGGCCGUGUUCCGAGCCAUCACCAUCGCGGGUCGGAUCAACUGCCCUGUGUACAUCACCAAGGUGAUGAGCAAGAGCGCAGCGGACAUCAUCACCCUGGCCAGGAAGAAAGGCCCCCUCGUUUUUGGCGAGCCCAUCGCUGCCAGUCUGGGGACGGAUGGCACCCAUUACUGGAGCAAGAACUGGGCCAAGGCGGCGGCCUUCGUGACCUCCCCUCCCCUGAGCCCGGACCCUACCACGCCCGACUACUUGACCUCCCUGCUGGCCUGUGGAGACCUGCAGGUCACAGGCAGCGGCCACUGUCCCUACAGCACUGCCCAGAAGGCAGUGGGCAAGGACAACUUCACUCUGAUCCCUGAGGGCGUCAACGGGAUAGAGGAGCGGAUGACCGUGGUCUGGGACAAGGCAGUGGCUACUGGCAAGAUGGAUGAGAACCAGUUUGUUGCUGCUACCAGCACGAAUGCAGCCAAGAUCUUUAACCUGUACCCCAGAAAAGGGCGGAUUGCCGUGGGCUCGGACGCCGACGUGGUCAUCUGGGACCCUGACAAGGUGAAGACCAUAACAGCCAAGAGUCACAAGUCGGCCGUGGAGUACAACAUCUUCGAAGGCAUGGAGUGCCACGGCUCCCCAUUGGUGGUCAUCAGCCAGGGCAAGAUCGUCUUUGAGGACGGCAGCAUCAACGUCAACAAGGGCGUGGGCCGCUUCAUCCCCAGGAAGCCCUUCCCCGAUUACCUCUACCAGCGCGUCAGGAUCAGGAACAAGGUUUCUGGGUUGCAGGGGGUUCCCAGGGGCAUGUAUGAUGGUCCUGUGUACGAGGUGCCAGCCACACCCAAAUACGCGACCCCUGCUCCUUCUGUCAAAUCCUCGCCUUCCAAACACCAGCCUCCACCGAUCAGAAACCUCCACCAGUCCAACUUCAGUUUAUCAGGUGCCCAGAUAGAUGACAACAACCCCCGGCGCACCGGCCACCGCAUCGUGGCGCCCCCUGGUGGCCGCUCCAACAUCACCAGCCUCGGGUGA